AAAAAACAUAAAAUCACUAUUUCCCCUAAAAACCUAUGUUAUAUACUCUUGUUUCCCAGUUUUGAUAGACGAGGCGCGAGUUAUGGCAGAGAGGAGCAAAGAGCUUCUCCAGUUGGAGCACAAGGGCAUGCCCCUUUCAUCCUUAGAAUCCACUCUUCUUGUUUGCGAUGGUAAAAGAGAAUCAAACCCUAAAACCAAGACACUCCCUCGUAAUGGCACUCCUCUCACUGCCCCAGUUCAACCUAGCCAGCUUUUAGGGAAGGUUAAAGACUUCCUAGGAGUGAUGUCAGAAGCAAAUAAACGGCUAGAACUUGAUGCAAAGGACCAUCCUGAGAAUUAUAAUAUUGAAGAGCUAACUGGAAAUGAAACCAAAGUUAUUGAAAUGGAUUUGAUGCUUGGUGUUGCUGAUCUUCAUACACCUGAGGCUGUGGCUGCUGCUGAAUCAGCUAUUACCAGUGGUCAGCAUGUGAUUUCAUUGGCUGCUGAUGGUAGUGAAAUGGAUUCGGAAGCAAGCAGUGCGGAUGAUGACAGCGGGGAUGAUGAAACUGAAAGCAAUGAUGAAAAAUGUGAUGAUGGAAACAAUGGUGAAAAGCCUUUUUCUCAUGUUCAAAAAUCUUUUCCUGGUAAUGAUGAUAUUACUGAAAAACAUAAGGGGAAUCGUAAUUCCAGAAAGCAUUCAAGGAUAGUUGAGCUAUCCUGAACCCAGUGGAUUCAUGUGUUGUAUUAAGUUGUUAUAACUUGUACCAAAAUGAUGGCAACUGGAAUUUGCUGGUUAACCUUUUGCUGUGUUGAGAAUAAGUAUAGUAGCCAACAUAAAUGAGAAAUUACAGUAAAUCAUUUUUAAA